AUGGGGAUCCGGCAGCCCCCAAACCCAUCCUCCCGCUUAGGAUUCCGGGGGCUGGCGGGACGGCCGUUUUCCCGUUCCGGCCCGGGCCUGGGGAGCUGCUGCGGGCGCUCCAGGGCCCGCGCUCCGCGGAAGGAGUCCGGCCUAUCACCCCCGUCUCCGACUUCGCCGCUCACUGCCUGGGCCGUGUGCAUUCUCGGCGCUCCUGAGUUGCCCGAAACUGCCCCCCAAGGUUCCCCGAAGCGGGCCGGGGGUCUCUCCGAAGGAUUUCAGGAGGCACCGCCGGGCGGGCGCAGUGAUCCGCUCCCAAGCCCCCGGGCCUCCGCCCCUCCUCCCGGGGAUCCCCUUUCGCCAACGGCCUCGCUGGCCCCGCAGGACACUCCCCUCCGGAGGCCGGGCCUCGUCGUCCCGCCACCGCCCCCGCCUCGCCCCCGGCCGCCCCGCCCCGCCCCGCGCCAGGCGCCGGGAGAGCCCCGGGCCCCGACCCCUCCCCCUGAACGCCCGGCCCGAGAGCGGGACGGGGGCGGCGAUGGUGACUGGGCAGCGGCGCGGGGCCGGGUGCUGGGCAGGGAGGCUCCGCGGCUUCUUUCUUUCUCUGCCCCCGCCCCUCUCUCUCCUCCUUCCUUGAUAGCCCCGCCGGCGGCCGCCGAGGUCGGCGCUCUCGCCUCGUCUCCUCCCCCAGCUGGGGACCCUCUCCUCUCCCCUCCCUUGCCCCCUCCUCUCGCCGCCGCCUCCUCCCCCUUGCCUGAGCGGCUAGCUGCGAGGAGGCGUAACGGAAAGCCCCGGCGUGGGGAAGGCUGCGAGCUCGGAGCCGGAGACGCGGAGCCGGGGUCGGGUCGGCGGGGAAGCAGACUCUUGAAUUCACAGCUGGCUUAUGAUUUUGCCUCUUGUUACAGAGCACUCACACAGGUGGCAUUUUUCUGAAGUUGUUCAUUGACACUUCCCAGCAUUUCUGCAGAUAAAAUAGGUGAGGCCGCGCUCGGAGCUCGGACAUGGCAGCAUGACGGCCCGGGACCGCGCUGCCAGAGGCCGGCCAGGAGGAGCCCCCGGCUGCGGGAGCG